GUGUGUCAUUUCUCGCCUUUCCGUUUGCAUUCGAGGGAGUAGUUUUUUUUUCGUCAUUAUUUUCUCUCAGAAGAAAAAGUUGGCUCAUUCUUAUUUUUAUCAUUUAAAAAAAAUUAAUUUUUUUUUCUUCUGCUACUAAACUCUGUGCUGGGUGCGUGAGUGCGAAUUAAAAAAAAAAUCGGACAAAUAUAAUCUCGAAAUUAUAACGUGUAAAAAAAAAAUCAUACUACGUGUGUGUGUUUGUCAUAAUUUUUUUUACAUUUCCUAAUUUUUGUCCAUAAAAAGUAAAAGAAUUCCAAAAAAAAAAAAACUGACAGAAAAUUCGAAAAAAUGUUCAGUUUCCUAAAACGCGAACGAGCCAACCAAGAAGUUGUCGAAAAUGUCAUUGGCGAGCUAAAAAAAAUCUAUCGAAGCAAAUUGCUUCCCCUCGAAGAACACUAUCAAUUUCAUGAUUUCCAUUCGCCAAAACUCGAAGAUCCCGAUUUCGAUGCUAAACCAAUGAUAUUAUUAGUUGGUCAAUAUUCAACUGGUAAAACUACAUUCAUUCGAUAUUUGUUAGAACGGGAUUUCCCUGGCAUUCGAAUUGGUCCCGAACCAACGACAGAUCGUUUUAUUGCUGUCAUGCAUGAUGACAAAGAAGGUGUCAUUCCUGGCAAUGCAUUAGUCGUUGAUCCGAAGCGGCAAUUCCGUCCACUUAGUAAAUAUGGAAAUGCAUUUUUAAAUCGUUUUCAAUGUUCGACAGUGUCGUCACCGGUUUUGCAAGCAAUUUCAAUUGUUGACACUCCUGGAAUAUUGUCUGGCGAGAAACAACGUAUUGAUCGGGGUUAUGAUUUUACUGGGGUAUUAGAAUGGUUUGCUGAGAGGGUGGAUAGAAUUAUUCUUCUUUUUGAUGCUCAUAAAUUAGAUAUUUCUGAUGAAUUCCGUCGAGCUAUUGAAGCUUUGAGAGGACAUGACGAUAAGAUUCGUAUUAUCCUUAACAAAGCUGAUAUGAUUGACCACCAACAGCUAAUGAGGGUUUAUGGAGCAUUAAUGUGGUCUUUAGGCAAAGUCUUGCAAACCCCUGAAGUAGCUAGAGUCUAUAUCGGCUCUUUCUGGGAUCAACCAUUACGAUUUGAUGCAAAUCGUCGUCUCUUCGAAGAUGAAGAACAAGAUCUUUUCCGAGAUUUACAAUCACUCCCUCGCAACGCUGCUCUUCGCAAACUUAAUGAUCUUAUUAAACGUGCCCGCUUAGCAAAGGUCCACGCCUACAUUAUCGCCGAACUCAGAAAAGAUAUGCCUUCAAUGUUUGGCAAAGAUAGUAAAAAGAAAGAUUUAAUUAAGAAUUUGGGACAAAUAUACGACAGAUUGCAAAGGGAACAUCAAAUAUCUCCUGGAGAUUUUCCGGAUAUGAAGAAAAUGCAAGAACAUUUACAACAUCAGGACUUUACUAAAUUUCACACAUUAAAACCACAUUUGUUGGAUGUUGUGGAUAAUAUGUUGGCAAAGGAUAUUGCGAGGUUGAUGGAGAUGAUACCGCAUGAGGAACAGCAAUUGGUGUCGGAGCCAAGUGUUAGGGGUGGUGCAUUUGAAGGUAUUGUCGAUGAUGUAAUCUCACCCUUUGGCUACCGAAAGGGUGAAGGUAUCGAUGCCGGAUUUGGCGAACUCGAUUGGAUCUGUAGUAGGGACAAAGCACGCACAGAUCCACUAUUCGAAGCACUCAAUCCUAUCGAUGGCAAGAUUUCUGGUGCUGCUGCCAAACAGGAACUGAUCAAAUCAAAACUACCCAACUCAGUGCUGAGUAAAAUCUGGAAACUCUCCGAUGUGGACGGUGAUGGUUUCCUGGAUGUCGAUGAGUUUGCUCUAGCAAUGCACUUAAUCAAUGUGAAAUUGGAUGGCAAUGAAUUGCCCAAUGUACUGCCUGAGCAUCUUGUUCCACCAUCCAAACGAUGCUAAUCCUAGAAAAU